AUGGAGUUUAGCGACUCCGCAGAUUUUAAGAGUCUUCGCCACCUCCAGCUUCAAGUUGACCAUGCUGCUGAACAUACAGGUGCGAAUGACCUUCCCGCCGCUGGUGAGGUAGUUUAUUACUCUUUGAUUUUGUUGAGUGAGGGCCGCGGAGUGCUUUUGAAGGUAAUUGACGGCAUCGUUUCGUUCUUCCCGGGCAAACGCUCUAGGUUGGCGUGUUUGGAAAGGGAAGAAAAUAGCAGCGCGUUAAAACGUUUCGUCGAGAUAGCCUGGUGGGGUGGGGGUUCCCCCGCAUCAGCGGGAGAUUUUGGGUUUGACCAUUGCCAAUUUUUAUGGCGGGCUGCCUUUGAAUCCACCGAAGAGCUGGCAAGGUGCGAUAAUCGUUAUUUGGGUGCACGCGAGGGGGGAUUCCGCAGUUUGCGUCGACAGGAAACCAGAUUGGAUGUGACAGUACGCGGGAAAAAUCGGGAAAAAAUAAAUGUAUCCUGGAUUAGGGUUUAG